CGACCGGUUCGUAAACCCUCCUCGCCCCCUAUUCGCGGCGGCGGCGGCGGCGGAAGCGGAGGAGAUGGCCGCGGAGACGAGCACCGGCGCCAAGCCCUUCGCCGUCCUCUUCGUCUGCCUCGGGAACAUUUGUAGGAGCCCGGCUGCUGAGGCGGUCUUCCGGAACCUCGUAACAAAGCGUGGUCUUGAUUCCAAGUUUCUCAUAGACUCUGCUGGUACGAUCGGUUAUCACGAGGGAAAUAAAGCUGACUCAAGGAUGAUAGCAACUUCCAAGAAGCGGGGGAUUGAGGUGACCUCGAUAUCCAGGCCUACCAGACCCUCAGACUUCCGAGAUUUUGAUCUCAUCCUUGCAAUGGAUAGGCAGAACUAUGAAGACAUUUUGAGCUCAUUUGAGAGAUGGAAAAAGAAGGAACCCCUCCCAGACAGUGCACCUAAGAAGGUUAAGCUGAUGUGCUCCUAUUGCAAGCGACAUAAGGAGUCCGAAGUCCCAGACCCUUACUAUGGAGGUGCUAAGGGAUUUGAGAAGGUACUGGAUCUACUGGAAGAUGCAUGCGAGUCGUUACUUGAUGACAUCCUGGCGGAAAAUGCAAACAUUUCUGCUUGAUAUCAGAAUGAAUAGCCAGUGUAAGCAUCACGUUUUCAUUUGAUUGUAACAGGGACGAGACACACAGAUGUUGAUUAUCUUCGUGUUAGCCAUCAUCUUCAACCCAGAUAAUAUAACGAGAAAGAACACAAAAUACACACUUCUCUAUUAUCAUGUAUCUAUGUAGCGUCAGGCUGGGUACAUUUCCA